AUGGUGAUACCAGGAUGCAAGCCUAUUAGUAUAUGGGGCUUAUUUAGGCAUGGAAAAAGAUAUCCUUCAAUGAAUUUUGGGAGGGAAAUGAAGGAUGCGCUGGCUAUAAGAGAUGAUAUUAUUUCAAGUUAUAAAAAAGGACAUAGUUCUCUUUGCGCACAAGGUUAUGAAGAAUUGUUGGGGAUUGGGAAACGAUUUAAGGAAGCUCUCCCGGCAUUGUUGGGAAAUUUAGAAAAGGAUAGUUAUACUUUUCGUCCAUCUUUUGGAAUCAAGUUAGAAAAUAGUGCAAAAGCGUUUGUAAAAGGGCUUAAAAGCAGAAACCCCUAUCUGACAUGCGGAAAGUACCAUAUGGAUGUGCUAAGAAACCCGAAUACGUUAGCUGAAGCGGAAAAGUAA